AUGGCUGGUAAGCGCAAGCGCGCGGGUUCGGCCGCAGCAGAUGCUGUUGAGAGCCUGGGCUCGAGGCACAGCCCGGCAACCGGCGCCACCAACCCCUUCAGUCGCUCGCCCAGUGAGCGGCACCAGCUGCGCGUCGCUGGGCUCUCUGACAUGGAAGAGGACCCGACGCCUGGGAUCAAACACUUUCCGCACCGCGGUUUCGGCAGACGCACCUUCAUCGAGGGCGCGGAGAGCGAUGUCGAGCGCGGCGGCGAGAACUUCGACGACGAUGAGCACGGCCAGCCAGCACCUCUGCCACCAAAGGCUAACCAAGGCGCCGGCCGCUCCACGCCUGCGGACCGCAGGGGCGGCCAUCUGGACGUUCUGCUGCGCUCGAUCCAUCAGUUACUGGACCGGGGAGACGUCGCCCGGGCCGCAAAGGCGUAUGCGCUCGUCCUGCAGAUGCGCCCCGGCAGCCGGCGCGUCGACGUCCGUCAGCAUGGCCUGUGGGCGCUCGGCGCGGAGAUUCUGAUGCGUGAGGGCGAGGACGUGCCGCCGCAGGCGCCCGCCGCGGGGGGAGCAGGAAGAGGCAGCGGAGCGUCCGGCAGGAUGGUGAUGGAGCACGAGGCGGCAGACGAUGAUGACGAUGACUUGACUGUCCCACGCCCCAUGCGACCUCUCGGGCCAUCAUCCACGCCGUCAGGUCACAGGAACGACCGCAUACCACGCCGAUGGGGCUCCUCAGCCAACAUGCCUAAAGUGAAGGCCUAUUUCGAGACGCUCAUCCAGCAGCACCCCUACGACCACAAGUUUCCGCGCAGCGUCUCGGCGCUCGACUUCCAACUGGCCCUGCUUGGCUGCGAGAUGUACAACGUCCACAUCGAGCACCGCCGGGCCCUCGCACGCGCCGACGCCGACGCCGACAGCUCGAAGGAUCAGCAAAGCCUCGCAGAUGUGCGGAAAGACGACGGCCACGGAGGAGGAUACGGCCGGGGGGAGGCGGCCGACUCGCAGUCGAGGCUGGACGUGCGCAAGGACGAGAUUCGGCUGCGCGCCCUGGCUGGCAUGGAGGAUGUCGUCAGGAGGAUGGAUGGGCUCAUGCAGCAAUUGCCGUUUCGCAAGAGCAACCACUUCCUCCGCAUGCGCGCGACGGCUUCGCUUCACCUGGCAGACCUGCUUGUCCCUGCCGUCCAAAUGGCAGGCGAACAACUGCAUGAUGUCGCGAUGAGGCGACAGCGGGAGCUCGAGACAGCUGUGAAUGCCCUCGACAGACUGCUUGAGAACGGCGGCGAGCUGGAUGACGUCGCCCGCGCAGUCCUUGAAGGGCAGCAUGUCAAGGCAGAGGAAUACUUGUCGCCGCCACCACUCUAUCCGUCGCUCCCCAUCCGAGGCUUGUAA